CACAUGGGAGGGGCUCCCCAGUCCGGUGGGCCGCUGAGGUCUGUGAGCAGUGGGAGGCAUCUGGCUGAUGAGAGCGAGCGCUGCCCUGCGCUCAGUGUGGACCGUGUGGCGGAGCCGGAGUGCGCGCGCCUCUCCUCCUCACGGGGCUCCAUGAUGAAAGAUCCGCUAUUGCAGGGCUCUGUCGCCGUUCUGCCCGGCGCUUCGCUGCAGAAAGCCUGCAGGUUGCUGGUGCUCUUCUGCGCCCUCCACCUCAGUGUUACGCUGGUCUAUUACAUGUUCGCUGGAGAUACAGCCUAUUUCACCGAGCCCCUGCAACUCCAAUUCCGACCGAGAGCCAACUCUUCUGUUGGACCCCUUGUUGCUGUCCUGGUCAGAACUGAGGAGAAUGCCACGCAAGAGCCCACUACCCUGGCCAUUGUGAACCUAGCGGACUGCCCGGGCACCUCUCCCCUCCUAGUGGGCCCACUAAGGAUUGAGUUUUCAAUACCGGUGGAUCUAGAACAAGUGAGAAAGACCAACCCAAAUGUAAUGGAAGGUGGUCGAUACAAGCCAAAGGACUGCAAGGCAUUGCAGAAAGUAGCCCUUAUUAUACCAUUUAGAAAACGUCAUGAACAUCUCAAGUUCUGGCUACAUUACUUGCAUCCCAUUUUGCAGCGGCAGCAACUUGAUUAUGGUAUCUAUGUCAUAAAUCAGGACGGAGAUGAAACUUUUAACCGCGCUAAACUGCUCAACAUUGGCUAUAUGGAAGCUCUGAAAGAAUAUGAUUAUAAUUGCUUUGUAUUCAGCGACGUUGACCUGAUACCUAUGGAUGACCGGAACAUCUACAAGUGUUACAGCCAACCCAGACACUUGUCUGUAUCCAUGGAUAAAUUUGGGUUCGGGUUACCAUACAACCAGUAUUUUGGAGGUGUAUCUGCCUUAAGCAAAGAACAAUUUGAAAAAAUCAAUGGAUUUCCCAACAACUUCUGGGGAUGGGGUGGCGAGGAUGAUGACAUAUACAACAGGAUUGUCUCCAGGGGCAUGUCAAUAUCACGACCAGAUGCUAUUACUGGAAAGUGCAGAAUGAUACGUCACGAGAGAGAUGCGAAGAAUGAUCCAAACCCUAGAAGGUUUGAUCUAAUUGCCCAUACAAGAAAAACCAUGAAUUCUGAUGGAAUAAAUUCUCUGAACUACAGGGUCAUCAAGACUGAAAAGUUUCCUUUAUUCACCGAAAUAACUGUGGAUGUUGGGUCUUCACCCAGCUAAUACAUUUUGAGGUUGGCCAACAGACUCUCACUGACUGGUCUCACCAUGCUGGUAUGGUGGCAACUCUGACAUUCAAGUGUAUUAUUAUUAUUAUUAUUAUUAUUAUUUUUAUGGACAUUACAGAUUUGCAUAUUCACUAUAUUUGGCACAUGCAGGUUAUUUUAUGUGACU